CAACCCGGAAGUAAAUAAACUUCACGUGCUGGUGCGUGUAAAAAUGUCUACCGGGGUUUCAGUUAAAAGACCCAAAACUAUGUCCUCACAGCCCGAAGGCAGCGUGGACUGGAAGAAAAAGAAAGCAGAACUAAAGGAGGCUCAGAAGAAAAGGAAAGAAGCCAAGCUGCUGAAACAGUUGGAGAAGCAGAAACAGCAAGAGGCUGAAGAGAGAGCAAAAACUGAGCAAAGCCGGAACAAAAAGGGUCGACCAUACACGGUGAGCGUGGCCCUGCCAGGCUCUGUCCUGGAUAACGCUCAGUCCGCUGAACUUCGCACAUACCUGGCCGGACAGAUCGCUCGAGCCUGUGUCGUGUUCUGCGUCGAUGAGAUUAUUGUGUUUGACGAACAAGGGGAAGAUGUCAAGAGCGUUGAAGGAGACUUUAAAGGUGUUGGAAAGAAGGGAAACGCUUGUAUUCAGCUUGCCAGAAUACUUCAAUACCUGGAAUGUCCACAGUAUCUCCGCAAGUGGUUCUUCCCAAUGCAUCAAGAUUUACAGUACGCAGGUUUGCUAAACCCUUUAGACAGUCCUCAUCACAUGAGGAUGGAUGAAGAAUCCGAGUACCGGGAAGGAAUCGUCCUCGACAGGCCGACGAAACAAGAAAAAGGUUCAUUAGUCAACUGUGGAAUGAGAAAGGAAGUUCGCAUUGACAAACAGCUGCAGUCUGGACUACGAGUCACAGUUCACCUCAGCAGCACUCAGAAACCAGAUAGCAAACUAUAUAAAGGUGUUGUUGUGGCUCCUCACGUGCCCCGGACGGAAGGAGGUCUUUACUGGGGUUACACGGUCCGCCUGGCAUCUUGUCUGAGUUCAGUUUUCACAGAAAGUCCUUACAAAGACGGGUAUGAUCUGACUAUUGGCACGUCCGAGAGAGGCGGCGACAUGGACCAAGCGACACUGUCACCAUUCAAGCAUCUCUUGAUAGUUUUCGGAGGUCUCCAGGGAUUGGAAGCCAGCGUAGACGCUGACCAAAACCUGGAAGUGAGCGACCCGAGUGUUUUGUUUGACCUUUACCUCAACACGUGCCCUGGACAGGGCAGCAGGACCAUUCGUACAGAGGUGAGGACAGAGAGAGACAAAUUUUGUGACAGAUUAAUGAACCCAUCUGUGCUGUUAAAUGUCCAUUUAACGGUUUCCUUCUUGCCAACAGGAGGCCAUCUUAAUCUCCAUGUCAGGGCUGAGACAGAAGAUCACAACCGCCUUCUCAGAUGUCUCCAAUGGUUCGUGAAAGAAUAAGUGAUGGAGUAAAGUACACAAAGAUGUUGGUAGACAUAUCAUCCAACUGGUAUUUACCAAGAAGACAUGCAUUGUCCGUAAUUGGAUUUUUUUUUUUUUUUACCAUUGAAUCCUAUAAAAACAGCUGUGAUAUCAGUUUGAGAGUGAUGGACGCCAACUGUCUCAGAUUUGUGUUCAUAUUUUUAUCUUGAUUAUCUUUGUUCUAAAUGACUCAUAUUGUACAUAUUUAAAUACAAAUACUAUUCACAUGCUGACUUCUAUAGGUUGUUUUUUUUUUUUUU